AUGCUCCGCCCCCUGCUCCUCCUGUUCGCUCUGACAGCAGUGCCAGGCGCUGCUGGACUGACCUUUACUGAUGACAGAGAGUUCAACAUCAGCUCCUGUCCCAUCACGUACUUUGGACAGACGUACGACCGAGUCUACGUGAACGUAUCAAUGGCCCACUUUGUGGCUUGUUUUGAUGGUUUUUAUGACCCUGCUACCAGUAAAGACUGUGUAGUGGGACCAAAGCCAGAUGUAACAACAGAGCAAGAAAUUGUGACUUCGUCCAUGAUUCUUCAGCUGCUGAUUGGUGCCAAGUUCAACUGCUAUGUGAGCUUUGCUUUGGGCAACAAUACGACUGAUGUCAUGGUAAAUGGGAUUGUACACCGUACACUGAGUGUUACAAACUCCAUGGCUAAUGGACAAUACUAUGCCUUCGAAAAAGCCAAUAGCUGCAGAUACAAAGGUGAGGUGUAUGAAACUGCUACAACAACAGUUAUUAGUUCAACCUGUGAAACCAUCAUCUGCAACGCCACUGCAUCCCUCCAUGUCACCACCUGCGGACCCAUGGAGACAUGUCUCGGCAACAACAUGUGUGCCAUCACCACUACUCAACCACCCACAACCACUACUACUACUCCUCCACCCACUACCACCUCUGCCAUGCCCCUCCCAGUGCACUCCAUCUGCACUGUGACAGGCCCCUCUGUCAUCGACUUCAACAGCCAGCUGGGCUUUGUAAAGGAUCAGUGCUCCUACAAUAUGCUGACGGGUGAAGGAAUCUCUGUGGUGGUCAAUUUCCUGGAGCGUCGUCUUACAGAUGUGAGCUUUCCUGACAGUGUGUUGAUGAAAGUGGACGGGGCGGACAUCCUCCUGAAGCAAGGCGGCAGAGUUCUGCUGAACAACUCACCACUGAACCUGGACAGCUCCCCUCAGGUGGUUAAUGAUGUGGAGAUCUCUAAGGACAACACUGGAGUCACUGCCAGGGUGCAGAUCAAGAACUUGUUCAUGACUAUCUUCUUUGACGGCAUCACCGUACAGAUCCUAAUGGAAGGAUCUACUGGAUCACCUCCAACAGGUCUGUGUGAAGACUCCAGCAGUGAAGCGAGGCUCCCUGGCUGCAGCUCCACGAGCUGUGUUCCACAGUAUGACUACGCUGAAGAUAAGAUCUGCCCCAACAACACAGACAGCUGCUUCCACCUGAACAAGGCACCCUUCACCUCCUGUGACAUCAACCCAAAUCCCUACUUUGAAGCCUGCACAGACACUUUGUCCAGGUAUCCUGCAGUGGACGGCCUCAAGUGUCAGUUCCUGGAGGCCUACGCCAGAGCCUGCAGCCUGAAGUCCAACAUCACACUGAAGGGCUGGAGGUCCAAGACUGAGUGUCGUAAGUCCUCCUCCUGUUACAACACAACCUGCAGCGAUCAUGAGUUCUGUGCUGAGAAGUCGUAUGGAGAAACUCGGUGCUUCUGUCGGGCCAAUUUUGCCUGCGAACUCAAGAACAGUUUUGCUUAUGGUCAUCCACCGGUCUGCGAGAAGCACCAUGCUUCUCUAACUUUGUACAACUGUCUCUUGGAGGAAGAAAACAUUGACUACACCUCCCUACAGCUCAACGACCCGACCUGCAGAGGUCGUUUUAACGAGACAGACCAUACGGUGACUUUCACCUUCAAAAGUGACACCUGUGGAACAGAGAUCAUAAACAACGGCAGCAGCAUCAUCUACCAGAACACCAUCAUGAACCAGAACGUCACUGAUAUCAUCACCCGCCAAGACAUGGUCAUGAUUGACAUUUCCUGCUACCAAACCCAGCCGGACAUCCUGACAAAGGCCUUCACAGUCAUUGAUAGCUCAUAUACUGGCAUCGUGGUACCAGGACCUUGGAAUUACACUCUGAGCAUAAGGGCCUACAUUGAUGAUGGUUGCAACAAACUUGUGGACUCGGAUACACCAAUACGGCUGAACCAACAGGUCUGGGUGAAACUGAGCACUAAGUGGCUGGAUGGAGAUGUGCUCUCCCUGGUGACCGACCAUUGCUGGGCGACCGACGAGCCAUCACCUUUUGCAGCACGGAGUUACGACCUGGUCAGAAAUGGCUGUCCCGCAGACUCGUCGGUCAUAACAAGGGAAAAUGGAAAAGGAACCUUCAACUCCUUCGCUUUCAACAUGUUUGAGUUCUCACGAGGCUCCAACAAAAUCUACCUGCACUGCCAAGUUCACCUGUGUGUGAAGACCAAGGAAAACUGUGCACCGGUGAUUUCAACGGUGACCGGACUGACUGACAGGCUGAAGACCUCCAUGAUGACCACGGACCUUUGA